AUGCAGAAGGGAAUUCGACUUAAUGAUGGCCAUGUCACCUACUUGGGUCUUUUGGCAAAGAAAGAUGGUACAAGGCGAGGCUGCUUGAGCAAAAAAAGCUCCGACAACACGAAAUGGCAUACCAAGUGGUUUGCUUUACUACAAAAUAUGCUUUUUUAUUUUGAGAGCGAGUCCAGCUCUCGACCCUCGGGAUUAUACCUGUUGGAGGGAUGUGUGUGUGACAGGUCGCCGUCACCCAAACCGUCGCUGUCAGCCAAGGAAUGUUUAGAAAAACAGUACUAUUUCACAGUCAACUUCAACCAUGAGAACCAGAAGGCUCUGGAGCUUCGCACAGAGGAUGUGAAGGACUGUGAUGAGUGGGUGGCAGCAAUAACACAUGCCAGUUACAGAAACCUGGCUACAGAGCAUGAGACGCUCAUGCAGAAGUACCUCCAUCUACUCCAGAUCGUGGAGACCGAGAAAACGGUUGCUAAGCAACUUCGACAACAGAUAGAGGAUGGGGAAAUUGAGAUUGAACGUCUAAAAUCAGAGAUUGCCGGGCUGCUCAAAGACAAUGAGAAAAUCCAGUCUAACCCCACAGCAGCACCCAGUGAUGAUGACUCUGAGAUCAAGAAAAUCAAGAAAGUGCAGAGUUUCCUGCGUGGUUGGAUGUGCAGGAGAAAGUGGAAGACGAUCAUUCAGGACUACAUUCGCUCACCCCACGCUGAGAGCAUGAGGAAGAGGAACCAGGUUGUCUUCAGCAUGCUCGAGGCUGAGGCCGAGUAUGUCCAGCAGCUUCACAUCCUGGUCAACAACUUCCUGCGGCCACUUCGCAUGGCAGCCAGCUCCAAGAAACCGCCCAUCACUCAUGAUGAUGUCAGCAGCAUUUUUCUCAACAGUGAAACCAUCAUGUUUCUACACCAGAUAUUCUACCAGGGUUUAAAGGCUCGGAUAGCGAGUUGGCCGACAUUAGUCUUGGCUGACCUCUUCGACAUCCUUUUGCCCAUGCUGAACAUCUACCAGGAAUUUGUCCGUAACCAUCAGUACAGUCUGCAGAUCCUGGCCCACUGCAAGCAGAAUCGUGACUUUGACAAGCUGCUCAAACAGUACGAAGCCAAGCCUGACUGUGAGGAGCGUACCCUGGAAACUUUCCUCACCUACCCCAUGUUCCAGAUCCCUCGCUAUAUUCUGACACUGCACGAGCUCUUAGCACACACUCCUCAUGAACAUGUGGAGAGGAACAGCCUGGAAUUUGCCAAGUCCAAACUGGAGGAGCUGUCCAGAAUCAUGCACGACGAGGUGAGCGAGACAGAGAACAUUAGGAAGAACCUUGCCAUAGAGCGUAUGAUUGUGGAGGGCUGUGAGAUUCUCCUGGACACCAGCCAAACGUUUGUCAGGCAAGGAUCCCUCAUCCAGGUGCCGAUGAGCGAGAAGGGUAAGAUUACCCGUGGGCGCCUCGGUUCUCUCUCUCUUAAGAAAGAGGGGGAAAGACAGUGUUUUCUAUUCUCUAAGCAUCUGAUCAUCUGCACCAGAGGCUCUGGAGGAAAACUUCACCUCACCAAGAAUGGUGUGGUGUCACUUAUCGACUGCACUCUGAUAGAAGAGCCAGAGGGCACAGAUGACGAGUCCAAAUCAGACAAGAGUGGUCAGGACAUGGAACACCUGGACUUUAAGAUUGUGGUAGAGCCCAAAGACAGCCAGUCCUUCACCAUCAUCCUGGUGGCCUCCUCACGGCAAGAGAAGUCAGCCUGGACCAGUGACAUCAGCCAGUGCAUAGACAACAUUCGCUGCAACGGACUGAUGAUGAAUGCCUUUGAGGAGAAUUCUAAAGUCACUGUGCCCCAGAUGAUCAAGUCUGAUGCCAGUCUUUACUGCGAUGAUGUGGACAUUCGCUUCAGUAAGAUGAUGAAUUCAUGCAAAGUGCUACAGAUCCGCUACGCCAGCGUGGAGCGACUGCUAGAGAGACUGACCGACCUGCGGUUCCUGUCCAUUGAUUUUCUCAAUACCUUUCUCCACUCUUACCGGGUCUUCACUACUGCCGAUGUGGUUCUGGACAAACUCAUCACCAUCUAUAAGAAGCCCAUCAGUGCCAUCCCUGCCCGGUCUCUGGAGCUGUUCUUCGCCAGCAGUCAGAACAACAAGCUUCUGUAUGGGGAACCUCCCAAAUCACCCCGAGCCAGCCGCAAAUUCUCCUCCCCUCCCCCUCUGGCCAUCACCAAGACCUCGUCCCCAAACCGACGUCGCAAACUCUCCCUCAAUAUCCCCAUCAUCACAGGGGGUAAAGCUCUGGAUUUGGCUGCCCUUAGCUGCUCCUCCAAUGGCUAUGCAAGCAUGUACACGUCCAUGUCUCCUUUCAGCAAGACCACACUGGACAUUAACAAGCUUUACGUGUCCAGCCCUAUCACCAGCAAGAUUCCUGAUGAGGGAGAGGCGAAGGCGGACAAAGCAGAGGAGUCUUCACUCUCAAAGCAAGACAAUUCAGUGAGGGAAGAGAGUGAUAACGACCAGCUCCAGAGCGACGAGGCUGAAGCCGAGGCAUCCCCCACCAAGUCGCCCACUACACCUAAAAAUGUCAAAUGCAAAAACUCCUCAGAAUUCUCUCUGUUCUCCUACAAUAAUGGAAUGGUGAUGUCGUCCUGCCGAGAGCUGGACAAUAACCGUAGCGCCCUUUCUGCUGCUUCGGCUUUCGCCAUCGCCACCGCUGGUGCCAACGAAGGCACUCCAACCAAGGAGAAAUACCGUCGGAUGUCCCUGGCCAGCACUGGUUUCCCUACUGACCAGAGGAACGGAGACAAAGAGUUUGUUAUCCGAAGAGCUGCCACUAACAGAGUACUCAAUGUCCUGAGGCACUGGGUGUCCAAACACUCCCAGGAUUUUGAGAGCAACUCUGAGCUGAAGAUGAAGGUGAUCAGUUUCCUAGAGGAGGUGAUGCAUGAUCCUGAGCUCCUGACCCAGGAGAGGAAAGCAGCUGCCAACAUCAUAAGGACCCUUACCCAGGAGGACCCUGGAGACAACCAGAUCACCCUAGAGGAGGUGAUGCAGAUGGCGGAGGGAGAAAAACCUGAGCCAUUUGAGAAUCAUUCUGCCCUGGAGAUUGCAGAACAGCUCACCCUUUUGGACCACCUCGUGUUCAGAGUCAUCCCAUAUGAAGAGUUUUUUGGCCAAGGCUGGAUGAAGAAUGACAAGAAUGAGAAGACUCCGUACAUUAUGAAAAACACAAAACACUUCAAUGAUAUAAGUAAUCUGAUUGCCACGGAGAUCCUGCGUUGCGAAGACGUCAACACCCGGGUGGCAGUGAUGGAGAAGUGGGUGGCAGUAGCUGACAUUUGCCGCUGUCUCCAUAACUACAACGCUGUGUUGGAGAUUACCUCCUCUCUCAACCGCAGCUCCAUCUUCAGGCUGAAGAAGACCUGGCUUAAAGUGUCAAAACAGACUAAAACGGUGAUUGACAAGCUGCAGAAGCUGGUUUCAUCUGAGGGAAGGUUCAAAAACCUGAGGGAGGCUUUGAAGAAUUGUGACCCUCCCUGUGUGCCAUAUUUGGGAAUGUACCUCACUGAUCUGGCUUUUAUUGAGGAGGGGACACCCAACUACACAGAGGACAACCUGGUCAACUUCUCCAAGAUGAGGAUGAUUUCUCACAUUAUUAGAGAAAUAAGGCAGUUUCAGCAGACAGCCUACAAGAUAGAUUGUCAGCCAAAGACAGCGCAGUACUUGCUGGACAGUAGCUCAGUAAUGGAUGAAGAGGGUCUGUAUGAAGCCUCGCUCAGAAUUGAGCCUAAAGUGCCCAACUGA